UCAAGCACUUCACCCAAUAUGAAUACUUAAAAACCCCAAAAUUCUGAUUCUGGAAUGCAACCCUAAUAAAAUCGUGAGGCCAAUCCAAAAAAAUUAGAAGCUCUAUGACCAUGGAGAGCUCGCUACUGUGCAACGAGAGCUUCUCCUACAGCUGGUUAAUCCACCACACAGCAGAACCCUCCUUUCACGCCCUCCUUUCGGAAGAUGGACAGUUCUUUGAGAUAGACCUUCAACUCCAACAAACCACCUCUUCUACCUUUUCCGAUUUCCAGUUCCCGUGCGCGCAGGCUUUGAACAUCGUUCCAGCGGACCAGCUCAUCUACAAUGGCUACGUCCUGCCUCUCCAUCACUUACAACCCCAAAAUUUAGACACUCUCAACCUCCCAAUGACUCUGCACGCUCACCACACAAAAUCAGCGGCCCAACCCCUCGGCAUUUCUUUCUUCCAGUGGUGUCGUAGAACCUCCAAGGAGGUUCUUCUUAAAUACUUCCUCCGAUUCCUCAGGCGCUCACUUCAUGGAAAGAGAAGGCGAGAAUCAAAUGAGAAUGCCCAGGAAACGCAUUCACAGAGCCCGACAGCGACCGAAUCAUCAUCGCCAUGGGAUAGCAUCUCACCCGAUGAAGACGACUGUGGUCAUUGGGUCAUCGAGAACUCCAUUGAAGCCGCCAUUCUCCACUGCAAAGACUCCAUUUGAAUUCCCCACAAAACAACUCUCUAGCACCAUAAUAAAUCUCUCUCUCUCUUUCUUUUUUUUUAUUUUUCCUCUGUACGUUAUUCGCUGUUUCAAUAGUUUGCUGGUCUGAGUUUUCUGUCGGUUUAUUGAGUGUCCAGAACAGAAGGAAUUGCUCUGCACACAUUUUGCUCUACCUUCCUUUUGUUGUAAUGAAGAUUCUCAUCCCUUCCGUUU